AUGUCACAGAACAUUGAAGCCACAAGCAUACCCCUAUGUUCAAAAUGUAUUCGUCAAAUUUCUGGUGAGGAUAAACCUCAAGUAACGUUAUGUCAGGAACCAUUCAAUUGUUUCCUAUGCUUCGGAUUGCUCGAUGACUCGUUCAUUGACGAGGUUGCUUCUGAGGUCGAACGUCAGCUUACUGAUCUACCGUAUGACGCUUCUUCCUUCGUACUAGCUCUGAACCUACCGUUCUCACAAACUUUGAGAGAGUUGAUUUUGAGAAAGUUAAGACCAGACUUCAAUGGGAUUCUCAUUGAUGUACCAUAUAAGAUCAGAAACAUCGAUGCUUAUUUGAUGAAACUGUCCCAGAACCCUGAAUUCCAUGAAAGCGAUAAUGCUUUUCUCUGCAAACAGUUCCCCAAUCAGUAUAGACAAGGCAAAAAAAGGAACAACGAAGGCUCUGAAUCUGAAGUAGACUGUUCUAAGGUCCAACUUCAACAAAUACAGGGCAAGUUCACGCAGCCUAUUGCAAAUGCAUACAAAAUCGCGGCUCCCACGAAGAAAUGCACUUUCCGAUUAGAUUUUGAGAGAGACCCUGUUUAUAUAGCCGGAAGGUACUGCAAGUAUUCAAGAAACCUCCCGCAAUCACCUUGGUCAACUGAAGAGAAAGGAGGCUUCAAAGAGCCUGGAAACUCAGUUUCUGAAAAAGUUUGUGAAACUUUGAGAGAAGUUUUCGGAGCUCAAGACACAUCGUUCAUAGCUUCUGGACGAGAAGACAUCGACGUUCGAAUGUUAGGAGAAGGUAGACCUUUCGCUGUAGAGCUCAAGAACACGAGAUUUAUGAAGAAGUUACGAGGAACGAACCAUACUGAUACACUGAAAGAAGUUGAAAACAGAAUCAACCAACUUCAUCAGGUUGUUCAAGUGAAGUAUUUGACUCGGGUUACGAAGGAACAGGUCGAUUUAUUGAACAUUGGUCAAGAAGAGAAGAGGAAGCUUUACACAGCUUAUUGUUACAGCACGUUGAAGCUUUCACCGGAAUCUUUCGUGGAAGCUGUUCAGAAGAUCCCCUUAGAAGUUAUUCAGAAGACUCCUGUACGAGUGUUGAAGAGACGAGCCCUGUUGGAUCGUCCCAGGUCAAUUUACACGUUGGAGCUUCUCCGGUUAGAUGAUCAUCAUUUCUUAGCAAGACUUGAAACACAAGCGGGAACUUAUAUAAAAGAGUUUGUUCAUGGGGACUUUGGACGAACACAGCCUUCUCUGGCUGACCUACUGAAAGUACAGAACGGAGAAGUAGAUAUUCUUGAAUUGGAUGUUGAACAGGUUGAUAUGGAAUGGCCACCAAAGGUAGAGUAG